UGUUAGAAUCCGCCUGAAUCCGUCUGGCGCAGAACAAGAUGGCAGCCAACGGGAGGCGGGUAGAGUGACACUACUCCACAAUUUUCCUCAUUUCUUUGCCAUUACUUAACGCCGCGCUGCUGAAACUUAAGGAUAUUUAAAGGAAAGCCCAACCACAGCAGCCAUGAGGAACCUAGUUGUGGUGGACCAUCGGCGCCAGGUCGUCCCAGCCGUGCCCAGCGACGCCCUGCUGUGUGUGGACCCCCUCAGCCUGGCCCCACACAUGGCUACCACAGAGGGUGUACGCAGCUUGGAUCAGGCCUCCUCCAGCUGGCCGGCCGUCACCUGGGGUCAGCAUGGCAUCAAGACAGCGCGGGUGGUGUCAGCAGAGUGUGUUGCUGCUGCUGCUGCCCUCUGUGUGGUCACCGCGGAGGGUCAGGUCGUCACUGUUGCUGAGGAUGGGCAGGUGGAGGUCGCCGGGGAGGUCGCAGAGGGCAUAGCAGCGGCACAGUGGAGCCCAGACCAGGAGCUCCUCGCACUGGUGACCCCCUCAGGCCUGGUGCUGCUGAUGACGGCUUCCUUGGACCCCAUCGCCGAGACCAGGCUGGGCGACGGGGCUGGCCAGGAGAUGGUGGCACUGGGCUGGGGGAAAAAGGAGACACAGUUUCACGGCUCGGAGGGCAAAGCGGCCGCCAGGGUGCCAAAGAGUGCCACAAGACCAGUGCCGGAUUGGGACGACAGGCUGCCUAGGGUGACCUGGCGUGGGGACGGUGAGUUGUUUGCUGUUUCUCACCUUCCAAUUGCCUCUCGUGUGCGGAAAAUCGUUAUCCUAAAUCGCGAGUGUGUUAUCCAGUCUGUCUCCGAGGACCUGGAUGCCCUGGAGUCGCCGCUGGCCUGGAAGCCGUCUGGUAGCAUUAUUGCAUCCACACAGACCACCGCCACCAAGCACGAGGUCGCGUUUGUUGAGAAAAAUGGAUUAAAACAUGGUGGAUUUGUGUUGCCCUUUGCGCCGGGAUGCAUGGAGGUGGUGGAGCUGUCGUGGAGUCCGGAUUCGAGUGUUCUGGCCGUGUGGGUGAGGCCCUUGGUGGAUGAGGAGGUGGAGGAGGUGGUGCAGCUGUGGACUUGUGGGAAUUACCAUUGGUAUUUGAAAAGGGAGGUGAGGUUUGGUGGAAGGGGCCUGGGAAGAGGAGGAGGAGGAGGAGGAGGACAAGGAGAGGAAGAUGCAAAAGAAGGAAAGAAGGAAGAUAGAAGAGAAGAAGAGAACAAAGAAAAUAUAAGAGGAAACAAAACAAAAAACAAAGAAAAGCAAGAAAAACAAGAUGACAUUAAGGAAAAAGAAGAAAUUGAAGAAAAACAACACCAGAACAUUAUAAGCAUUAAGUGGACAGAGGAAGCAACACCUCCACUCCACACCCUCCACAUCCUGACCACCACACACCACCACCGCCUCACCCUGCUGCACACCACACACCACAGCCAGGGCCACUCACCGCAGGACACGGCCAGCGUAGCGGUGGUGGACGGCCAGAGGGUCCUUGUGACACCAUUUCGCCAGACCACCAUUCCUCCACCUAUGUCCGCUUACGAGGUGGAGUUUCCAGGCACUGUAAAUUCUGUCACGUUCUGCCUGUCGGAUUCAAGCGCGGAUGUGGAUGUGGAUGACUCUGGGUACCUGGAGGGCUGUGAGGAUGUGGGUGUUGGGUGUAACUCCCUCUGUGUCCAGCACGGGUUGGAUAAGAUCACUUUUUUGGCAGCAGCUGCUUCAGAGGACGUGGUCGAGGGCCACGGGUGCUCUGUGCGGGUGACUGGGGCUGCAGGGGACGGCUUCAGGGUGUCUGUGCGGCCGCUGGGGGUGUACGGCCAGUGUGAGGUGCAGUGGCCGGCCUCUGUUGCCCCACGGCCAGCCAGUGCCAGGGAGCUGUACCACUGGGCCUGGCCACGCAAGGAUCUGCUGGUGGCUGUGUUUGCCUCGGAUGGUGUGUGUCACUUGGUGUUUGUUGAGGUGCAGGAGACAGCGCAGGCUGUGGCCAAGGACGUGGUGGCCCUGGAAGACUUUGUGGUGGCCAUGGCUACCUCUCCGACAGUGGCCGCCCUGCAGCUGGCCUCAGGAAGCCUGGUGAAGUUGGACCUGGCCACCCACAGCCUGGAGCCCUGGGUGGUGGAUGGGACCGAGGUGCAGUUGCCGGCCACGCUGCAAAAGCUGUGUCUGUGCCCGAUGGAGGGUGUGGCCAGCCUCACCCCCCUGGGCCUCACCCCCCGGGGCCGCCUGUACCUGGGCCACAGACAGGUGCUGGCCAACUGCACCUCUGUCCUGCUGCACACACACCACCUGCUGGCCACCACCUCGGCCCACACCCUGCUGGCUGUGCCCCUCACUCCCCAAGCCCUGGCCGGCCUGGAGGAGGCGAGUGUGGGGGCGGGGGUGCGGCGGGUGGAGCGCGGGGCCAGACUGGUGUGCAGCGUGGCCCACGACACCCGUGUGGUGAUGCAGAUGCCCCGCGGCAACCUGGAGGUGGUGAGCCCCCGACCCCUGGCCCUGCACGCCCUGGGCCGCCUGGUGGCCGCACGGCAGUACGGGGCGGCCCUGGCGCUGGCCCUGCGGCACCGUGUGGACACCAACCUGCUGUACGACCACCAGCCGGCACACUUCUUGGCCGCCGCAGACCACUUUGUGCGGGAUGUGGCCGACCCUCAGCGCCUGGACGUGUUCCUGGCCGCCCUCACUGAGGCCGACUGCACCGCCACCACUUAUGCCUUCCACUACCCCAGCCGCCCCGCCGCCACUGCGGGUGCUGCUGCGCCGGGCAAGGUGGCGGCUGUGUGUGAGGCAGUGCGGGCCGCCAUGGUGGCCGUGGACGAGGGGCGCUUGCUGCUGCCCAUCCUGACGUCGCUGGUGCGCAGUGGCCGCAUGGAGGAUGCACUGGCCAGGCUGGGGGACAUGCGGCGGCGGGCUGAGGCGGGCCAGGCCUUCCCCGUGGGCCCAGAGGAGGGGCUGCGGCACCUGCUGUACCUGGCCGACACGGAGGAGCUGUACCGCGUGGCCCUGGGCACCUACGACCUGUCCUUGGCCCUCAUGGUGGCCCAGCGCUCCACCCGCGACCCCAAGGAAUACCUGCCGCAGCUCAAUGGCCUGGCGGCACUGCCCGAGGCACUGCGGCACUUCAGGAUUGACGCCACGCUGCGGCGCUUCACCACAGCACUGCGGGGCGUGGAUGACGCUGCACCCCAUCGCGACGAGGCCCUGGCCCUGGUAGAUGCCCGCGGCCUGCAUGCCCUGGCCCUGCAGCUGCUGCCGGCCGGCUCGCAGGUGAAGGCCGCCGUGUGUGAGCGCUACGGACGCCGCCUGCUGGCCGACAACAGGCCGGCAGAGGCAGCCAUCAUGCUGGGCCGCGCUGGCCUCCACCAAGCGGCCCUAGAGGCUUACCGCUCUGCCGGGAACUGGCAGAUGUCCCUGGUGAUGGCUGCCCGGCUGGGCAUGGCCAAGGAGCGCGUGGGAGAGCUGUGCCGGGACCUGGCGGGGGAGCUGCGGGGCCAGGGCCGCCACACGGAGGCGGCGCGGUUGUACGAGCACCACCUGGCUGAUGAGGAGGAGGCCGUGGCCUGCUUGGCCGCCGCAGGGGAGUGGCAGGACGCCUUGCGCUUGACCCACCAGUAUGGCCGCCCUGACCUGCUGCAGACACACGUGCAGCCCGGCGCCUGCCAGCAGGCCGCCGCCACGCUGGCUGACACGCGGGACACAGCGGCCGCUAUCACCCGGCAGGCAGCGCGGCUAGCGGCGGUGCGGGCAGCCCGGCAGCGCCAGCACGCGGCCAGCCUGGCGCUGGCCGCUGAGGACGCCCCACUGGACUCAGACUUAUACUCAGACACCAGCACAGUGGCCGGCCUGGACCAGUCCCGCCGCACGGCCAGCACCACCACCGCCAGCACUGCCGCCUCCAGUAGGUCGCACCGCUCCAGCAAGAGUCGCCGCAAGCUGGAGCGCAAGAAGUACAGCACCAAGGAGGGCAGCCCACAGGAGGACCUGGGCCUGGUGGCCGCCCUGCAUGAGAUAUACAGCUCCCUGGGCCGCCGUGCCGAGGCCACGUCAGCCUUGUGCGCGGCCCUGGUCACCCUGGGCCACGACACGGAGGCCGCCGAGCUGCAGCACGCGUUCUCAGACCUUCUCCAGCUGGCCGAGGCCAGGAAGGCGGAGAUCUGGCCUGCCGCCGCGCCGCAGGACCAGGAGUUUGGGCCGCAGAUGACCACCCAGGGCGCUGUGGACCAGGUGAUGGCCGGGGCGGGGGCGGGCCAGGCAGAGGGGUCGUGGGUGGCGCUGAGGAUGGCCCAGCUGGAGCCACACCUGCGCUUCCCCCCGCCCCCUGUGAGGGACGCCUGGAGGCUGGGGCUGCUGGCCUGGCAGGACAAGGGGGACUGAGUGCUGGCCGCUCACUGCCGCCCUGCCUCCUCACUGCUGCCCUGCCUCCUCACUGCCGCCCUGCCUCCUCACUGCUGCCCUGCCUCCUCACUGCCGCCUUGCCUCCUCACCGCACCACCACCACCACCACCACCACAUGGGUGCCUGCUUUGUGCUGCUGCUGUACCUGUUAACGAGGCAUUUUUAUGUAUUUAUGUAUUUUAUUCAUUUAUUUUUAUUUAUUAUUAUUUUGUCCAGGGGUAACUCCGUUUAUACUGAAAAAAGAGGCCCAGUGAUUUAAUUUUUGAUUGAUGGCUGUUUUAUUAUUAUUAUUAUUAUUAUUAUUAUUAUUAUUAUUAUUAUUAUUAUUAUUAUUAUUUUAUUGUUAAAGUUAAAAAGGAAAUAAUUUAUUUUUUCAUUAUUUUUUACAAUAUUGUGUGCAAAUUUGAAUACAAUUUUUGUUUACUUAUUUAUUUUUUUAUUUAUUUUAUUGAUAGAUCUUGAGUGAAGUGCAAUCUCUCUCUCUCUCUCUCUCUCUCUCUCUCUCUCUCUCUCUCUCUCUCUCUCAGCACAAGUUUAGCACAGAGUGUAUACCUAAUAGAUAAUAUGUAUAAUUUAUAUAUAAUGUAUGUUGUAAUGUAUAUAUGUAUAACUUUUUUUACAGUAAUAUAAAUUGUUAACUUGCA